AUAAAGAUCUGUUUGAAGAAGUGAAGUGUGCUGUACAAUGGGCGGCUUGGGUGAUGCAGCAGGAGCCAAGGAACUCUUUGCGAGUCCUUCUGACCCUGUAAUAAUUGAGCUCAACAGGCUACAAAAUAGUAUUUUGGAGAAGGAAAGGGAGUUGGGACUUGCUAAAAAUGAAAUAAAAGCCUUGAAGGGAACUGAAAUCUUGAAGGAUAAGGCCAUUAUGGAGUUAAGCAACCAACUGAAGAAAAGGGAUGAAAAACUAGGGAUCACUGAGAAACAGCUUGAACAGAAGAAUCUUGACAUCAAAAAACUAACCAACGAGACAAAAGAGGCGUUGGCAGCACAAAUUUCUGCAGAAGCAAUUUUAAGAAGGGUAUAUGCGAAUCAAAAGGAUGAGGAACUCACCCCUAUCGAGGUUCUCAUAGCACCACUUCAGUCAGACAUCAAACAAUACAGAAAUGAGAUUGUAAUGCUUCAAGAGGAUAUAAAAGCAUUGGAAAGAUUGACAAAGUCUAAAGAGGCAGCACUAGUGGAAGCGGAAAGUCUUCUGCAUAAUGCACUUGAACAAGCAAGGAAUGUAGAAGUCAUGAAAAACAAAAAUCUCGAAUUGAAAAGGCAAAUAGAGAUCUGCCAGGAAGAAAACAAAAUUCUGGAGAAAACUUACAAAAAGAAAGUUGUUGAAGUGGAAAAACUUAUGAAAACAAUUCAUGAGCUUGAGGAAAAUAUUCUAGCUGGUGGUGCAAGUGCCAAUGCGAUAAGGGACUAUCAGCGCAAGAUCUCUGAGAUAAAUGAGGAGAAAAGGAUGGUUGAGAGAGAACUGGCAAGAGUUAAAGUUUCAGCAAGUAGGAUAGCUACAGCAGCAGCAAAUGAGUGGAAGGAUGAUGGAGACAAAGUCAUACCUGUCAAGCAGUGGUUGGAAGAGAGGAGAAUUUUGCAGGGGGAGAUACAGAGGUUAAAGGAUAAGUUAACUUUAGCAGGAAGAACAUUAAAGGCAGAGACUCAACUUAAGGAGAAACUAAGCUUGAGGCUGAAGACGUUGGAACAGUGCAUGAAGCAUUCAAGUCUUCCAGAAAAGACAAGAGACCUUUGUGAGAGGAAGAAGUGUGAAUUGGCAUCGCCCAAGGACCUCAAAAAGGUUUCUCAUGCACCCAACAAUGACACUGUAUUGCAGAAGCCUAACUUAAAUUCUGGAGAUGUUGAUAAUGCCAGAGGAAUGGUGAGCUUAAACUCAAAUGUUGUGAAAAAAAAUUCACUAGCUUUGAGAAGCAGGUCAUUCAAUGACGCUGGGAAGGAAAAUGCAGAAACAAAUGUCAGGUCCAAUAGGUAUGCAGAUGAUGUUAUGACGGGAAGAAACCAGGUCAACCAUGAGGUUAAUGAAAAAAAAUGUGGAGACAGCAAGUCACAAAAUGAGAACCAAGAAAAUGGCUACGAAGAUAUGGUGUCUGGGUUUCUUUAUGACAAACUGCAAAAAAAAGUUAUAAACUUGAGAGAAUCUCACAAGGACAAGGAUAAUGUAUUGAUCAUGAAAGAUGAGGAAAUCAAGUUUCUCCUAAGGAAGGUUGAUGUGCUAACGAAGGCUGUAGAAGUGGAAUCCAAGAAGAAAAGGAGAAAUGCACGAGAAAAGGAAAUGAUCAAGUUAGAGAACAACAAGCAUAAUAUUGACAUCUGAAUCAGGGGUGUAGCUCACUUGAUUUCAGAGGUUCUGCAGGUUUCCAAAGUGAUUUGAAGCAUCAUAUGAAUUCAGAGCUUAGAAUUUGAACAUGACAUCUAAUAGUGUGCUGUAUCUGGUGAUUCUAAUGUACAAUUUCAACAUCAUAAUAGAGAAGAUUGUCCCUUCCCUUCUCUAUUUUUAA